UCGCUGCGCUCAGAGCAAACGCCGCUCAGACAGAGACGCACACAGAGAGAAAGACGAGAAGCUCCGCGCGCACGUUUCACCUCCUCUCCCCUUCGGAUCGACUCCUCUCCAUCAUGGAUUCUCCUCACACUCGCGCCCUCCUCUCCGCAGGAUAAACUUUGGACUUUUUAUUCGUAUCAUGGGAAUAUACCGUCGGUGCGCCCGGCCCCGUGGAUCUAUACAGCCUUGAUGGAAACCAUGUCACCGCAGCAGGGGACCAUGGGACAGAACAGGUCCGACUCUCUGACGGGAGAGAGCAAAGCGCUUCCCGACAACAAAAAGAAGAUGAAGACCUUGGCCCAGAGACGACAGUCGGCUCCUUCUCUGGUCAUCAGCAAAGCACUUACCAGAUCCAGAAGCACGUCCAGGGAAAGCUGCUUGACGCCAGUCAGCCCGGAGUCGUGUCCCCUCGUCCAGGCCUUCCUGGCCGAGAGUCCAGGCCGCUUGUUCCUGGGUCACGCCCAAACGCAGCUAAAGACCGGCCUGCAGACGCAGGAGAGACACCUCUUCCUCUUCACCGACACGCUGCUCGUCGCUAAGGCCAAGUCUCCAACUCAUUUCAAAGUGAAGGCCCAAGUGCGAGUGUGUGAGAUGUGGACAGCGAACUGCAUGGAGGAGGUCUGUGAAGGAAGCACAAACCCAGAGAAGAGUUUUGUCAUGGGCUGGCCUACCUGCAACUGUGUGGCCUCGUUCGGCUCUGAGGAACUCAAAGACAAGUGGGUGGCGCUCAUCAACAGUCGGAUAAAUGAGGGAAAGGAGAAGGACGACCCCAAGACCAUCCCCCUGAAGAUAUUUGCAAAGAAUAUCGGAAAUUGUGCAUACGCCAAGACGCUCGCGGUCAGCAACACUGACAGCACCACUGAUGUCAUCCACAUGGCUCUGCUGCAGUUUGGCAUAUCAGGUUGCGUUAAAGACCAUCGGUUGUGGGUGAGUUCGAGUAAGGACGACUCUCCGUACCCUCUCAUUGGCCACGAGUUUCCCUUCAGCAUUAAGAUGAGCCACAUUCGGGAUGGCGGGAGUAACGGAGGAGGAGGAGGAGGAGGAGGAGGAGGAAAGGAUCCGAUCAGUCCCACAGACUGUCCAGAGGUUCUGCUGCUGGACCAGUGUCUCCCUCCGGACACCCAGUGCCAGUUCAUCCUCAAACCCAGCAAGGUUGUCCCACGACAGCCUCAACUUCUAGAGCCGGGUCAGCAGAAGCCCUUUAAGAGAAAGAGGUCUCUGAUCAACUGGCCCUUCUGGAGAGGUUCCAGCUCACAGCUGGACGGCGUGCCCCUGUCCCCGACCUUGCUCUCGCCGACCCAGGGGCGGCUGUUCGGACGACCCCUGAGCGCCGUGUGCUCUCCAGAGACCGGCCUGCCCAAGCCUGUCAUGGACAUGCUGGUGUACCUGUACCUGGAGGGGCCGUACACCAGAGGCGUCUUCAGGCGGUCGGCCGGGGCAAAAGCCUGCAGGGAGCUCAGAGACCGACUGGACAGUGGGACCGAGGACCCGGAGAUCACACACCAGUCGGUGUUCGUCAUCGCCGCCGUCCUCAAGGACUUCCUGAGAAACAUUCCAGGCAGCAUACUGAGUGGUGAUCUGUACGACCAGUGGAUGGAUGUGAUGGAGGGGGAAGGCGGAGAGGAGAUGAUCUCAGCCGUCCAAAGGUUGCUCCACCUUCUGCCCGCCGAGAACCUGCUCCUGCUGCGCCAUGUGAUGGCCGUGCUGCAGUGCAUACAAGGCAACGCCCACGAAAACCAGAUGAACGCAUUCAACCUGUCUGUUUGCAUUGCUCCCAGCAUGCUUUGGGCUCCGGCACCGAGCACCCCUGAGAUGGAGGGGGAGGCCACGAAAAAGGUGUGUGAGCUGGUUCGUUUCCUCGUUGAGAACUGCAACAGCCUCCUGGGAGACGUCACCUCACUGUUCAAGGCCUUCAGCCAGAAGAGCAGCAGCAGUGACCAUGGAUCUGACGUGUCGUCCUUCCAGAUGAACGACUCGUCCUACGACAGCCUGGAGAAUGAGCUCAACGACGACCCGGAGUCGCCCUACCAGGAGCAGCUGCCGCUCCGCGACAAGGACAAGCCCGACAGCCGCAGCCGAGACUCCGUCAUCACCCUCAGCGACGGCGACCCCGACCCCGACCCCGAGGCCGACCUCCUGCUGCAGCUCCCCCCUCUGGCCAGGCCCCGCAGGUUCAGCCCGGCGGUGCGGCAGCCUCGCGCCCGCCAGGUCAACGGCUCCUCGCAGGGGGGCCCCCGGAGGCUGAGGAGGAGCUCGGAGCCGGCCUUGGCCCUGGCGGGCACCCAGCCGUCGAGCGCGGUGACGGUCCACGCCGACAACGGCCGCAAACCGGUGAGGAAGGCGAGCUACGACGCCGCCAUGGAGGGGGGCGGGGAGGAGGAGGACGAGGUGUUCCUGGAGCAGGGGCUGAACGGGCUGCAACUGAAAGAGGCGGCGAAGGACGAGUGCGAGAAGAGAGGCGCCGUGAUGCAGAACGGCGGGCGGAGGAAGAUUAAACACGCCCCUCCGCCGCCGCUGCGCCUAGACGCCAGCUGUUCCAGCCUGUCGUCGCCGGCAACCUCGCCAACAGGCUCCUCCCUCAGCUCUUUAGACUCCGCCUUCUCACAGUACUCCACCGACUACGCCACCAAUGGGGCGGUUCCUCUGAACGAGCCUCUCUCCCCUCACUUUCCCGGACGCCCCCAGCAGUCGCCCAGGGGUUCGCCCCCUCACGGGGACGCCCUGCUUCACUGGAUGCAGCCCACCCGAACCGGCCACACCCCGUCCCACUCGCACGGCCUCCACCCCAACACGUGGCUCAAGAAGGACCGGAGCCUGUCGCUCCGGCAGCCUGACGCUGGACACGCAGAGGAGAACUCACCCGUCGUGAAUGGGAAAUCCCACCCGGGCAGCAACGGCUACUCGGACGCCGCCCACGAGGCCGCGCUGACGCUUAAAAACUGCCAGCGGAGAUCCAGCAGCCCUCCGUCCUACCAGCAGGCCAUACUGCAGCUACAGCGCAGCCGCUCUCCCUUCUACAGGGGGACGGAGAAACCUCUGACAGUCAGAGAGCUGAGGCAGCUCCACGACCAGACCUGCACCUUCAAACCCCAAAUCCCAACCUCUCCCAACAACCCCACAGGAAGUGAGGUCGCACACAGGCUGGCCGGAGUUGAGUGUGCGCAGCCCCCGCAGGGCGUUUUCUACGGACAGACCGGCACCACUCUGGUCCUCAAGAGGCAAAAGUCCCACUCUCUGACGCCGGCCGUGGACGGCCACAAAGAGUCGAGGACCCUCCCUCGCCGGGCGUCCGUACCCGCCAAGGUCACGAUGAGCUUGACGCCCUCCGCCAGCCUCACCCUGGACAGACCGCGCACUCCCAAGGCCCAAGAUGGCCGCCUGAGAGUGUCGGACGUCGAGCCCAAGACAAACUUUUGCCUGUCUCCCUCCGCCACCCGGGCCGUGAGGGACUACUUUUCCUCGCAGGGCCAGGACGAUGCGGACGCGUGCCUGCGGAGGAGCCAGGAGGUGGCGCUGGCCAUCGUGCAGGGUAAAAAGGAGUGGCGAAACAGGCGGUGCAGCGACCCGCGACUGGAGGACUUUGAACAGCUUUUUUUUGCCGAAGAGUCGUACGUGUAAAUAAUACGUCGUGUAGAUGAACUGUAUAUGGGAGACUGGCUUUUGUAUGAUAUGUCCACUUGUAUAUAACUGUCUUCUUUAUUGUUAAUAUUAUUGAUAAUAAUCCUCCAUAUACACGUUACUGUAAUGGUACUUCUAAGGUUUAUAAGGUACAGGGCCUGCUUCUUCUCUUUGUCUUCAUUAUUUAAGUGCUGGGAAACAGUAGAUUGAUUCAUUUGGUUAUAAUCCACAAUAUUAAUAUAUCACUAAAUCGACUUUAGUGCCAAAAUCUGUUUUCUCUGGCAAGAAAUGUUGGUACCUCUGGUCUGUAGUUGCUUUUUUUUUUUUUUUUAGCUGGAUGAGCCUAAGAAGCAUUUAUGUUUUGAAGCAUUUUGUAAUAAAAUCCAGACUCAUUUAAGUUUUCUUGUGCAGAAAGAAAAGCAUCAGUUCUUAGCGAACACCAGCGUCGCUUUGUCCUUCGCAGCAACGACAGAAAUUUACUGAAAUGCAUUUUAUCGAUGAGGACGGUUUUCAAACGGACGCCCUCGCUGUACAUACUCCAACGUUUUCCCACAGCAUCUGUAACAUUUACAACCAACUGCUUCUAUCACGAGAGCCAGAGAGUGAAGUGUUUAGUGGGGGUGGGGGGGUCAGUAUUUAUUCCUCGUCCUCGGUAGCUCUGGUUUAUAUCUCCGUGUGUGUGUGUUUGUGUGAGAGAAAGUCUGAAAGUUGUUGAACGCGAUGCGAGUUGAAUGCGACAUUUGAAAGCAGUCUCUCAUGAGCUGUUGUCACGGCGACCCUCUCCAAUAAAUGACCUUAUUUCAGUGUGUUUUAACGUGAUGAAAAGUAUUUUUUAGCAGAAUAUAACAACACUUUUCAUAUUAAACUGUGUCUAUAUUAACAUUUUUUACACAAACACGCUGGAAUAGGGUCGUUGGCGUGUUAAGUGUUGCCGUUUUAAUUAACUGUUGUGACUGUUCUCCUGUAUUAUUAAUAUUAAAAACUGUUAUUUCCAUUACAGUGAAUUGUGUCCAACCUGUAUAGUUCUGCAUAUUUAUGAUACAGAUAUAUAUAUAUAUAUAUAUAAAUAUAUUAUCUUGUUACUUUGGUAUGUUCUCUGUGUGUGUGCGUAUGUGUGUGUGUGACAAAAUCAAAUGUGUAUUUUUGUACAUGCCAAUUCUGCUGCUGCUGUCUCUAUAGAAAGUAUAUUUGCUACAAAAUGCACCAUUUGUAUAUUGUGUACAUUUGAUGUCCAGUGCUCACAAGGUGUCGUUCUUUUGAAUAAACGUUGCUCUUGUGAAACUA